CACCUGGCGUUUUUUUUGUCAUUUAUCACGGAAAAUUGUAAACAAACACACGUUUUUGAAGAAUAGAAGUGCAGAAAAAGGGUUGAUCUGCAAUGGACCAAGCUUCAAGUUCGUCGAAAGAACAGGCACAGCCUAAGCAGCCCAUGGUUUAUAUUUGUGGAGAAUGCCACCACGAAAAUGAAAUCAGGCAAAGAGAUGCCAUCAGAUGCAGAGAAUGUGGGUACAGAAUCAUGUACAAGAGGAGGACCAAAAGAUUGGUUGUGUUCGACGCGCGCUAAUUCUGUCUGGCUUGAUACUUGGACGUCACUCUGAAGAGUUUGAGGCACAUUUUUCUAUAUUAUAAGAUUAAAUUUAAGUAUUUGAAUUCAUUUGUAUUAUUUAAGGUAAAGAAUACAUAAAAUAAAAUUUAAGGUAAUUACUUUAA